AAUAUCAUUUUUGUGAUAUAGAUUGAUAUAGAAUAAUAAAAAAAAAUAUUUAAUCUAAUUUUGAUUGUGUAUAACAAAUGAUCUAUUUACAAUAAAAUAUUCAAUAUAUAUAAUCAUCCAUAAUUAUAAUCAUUCAAGUCAAAAUCUAAGACUUAACCUCUGCAUCCUUCGGAAAGCACGAAAUAUUUAUCUAAGAAUACUGAUUUACUAACAUUAUUAAAUUUAAUUUAUAUUGAGAAUAUUUUACCAAAAUAAAAAACAUUUUAUAAAAAAUUAUUAUUUAACAAAUUUAAAAAAAAGGAAUUCUUCGUAUUUAAAAUUUAGAAUGUCAAAUAUUCCUAGACAAAUAUUAAUACGUUAAAUUAUCCAAUUUAAUGUUUUGAAACUCAAUUUAACGUACUGGAUGACUAUUUUAAAAACUGAUAAAAUUUUUAAACAAUUUUAAUUUUUAAAUAGUACUGAGAAGUAAAAAAUUAAAUGUAUAAAUGUUGAAUGUUUGUAAAAGUAAAAACUUCACAAAUACUAAAAAUAAAUAUUUUUUGCGCUAUUAAGUAUUCAUAUAAUUUAUCAGAAUUUAUUAUAAAUAAAAGUGUUCAAAAUGAGUUCAGGAUUUAUAUCAGAAGCUGAAAUUGCAGAACAACGUAGAAUAAGACAAGAAGAAUGGGAACGUGUACGAACUGCAGAUCAACCAUUAGAAGCUCCAGAGGAACCAUAUGAUCCAAGAUCAUUAUAUGAACGAUUACAAGAACAAAAAAACAAAAGAGAUGCAGAAUAUGAAGAGGCACAUAAAUUAAAAAAUAUGAUAAAAGGUUUAGAUGAUGAUGAAGUAGAAUUUUUAGAUUUGGUAGAUAGAACAAAAUUAGAAGAAGAACGUAAAAAAAAUCUUGAAGAAGAAAAAGAAAUGCGAGAUUUCAAAGCUGCUGUUGCUUCAUUACAAGAAAAAUCUUUAAAUGAAAAAUUAAAACAAGAAUUAAAAAAUCCUCAAAUUAUGAAUAAAAAUAUUUCAUCUGGAAGUCGUACUUCCCAAUUAAAAUUAUUAGCUGGAGUAGUAGUUAAACGUCCUGAGAAACAACAAAAACAAGAUAUUACGCGGGGUGUUAAAAGAAAAUUAUCUGAAGAAAAUAAAGAUACAAAAAAAGAAGACUGUGAAAUAAAUGAACAGAUAAUUACUGAAUGUGAAUCUGCAUUCAAAGAUACUUCAGAAGAUAAAAAUAUAACAAAUGAAACAGGAGGUAUGAAGUGUAUUGGAAUUUUACCUGGUCUUGGUUCCUAUGAAGAUUCUAGUGACAGCGAAUGUAGUUCAGAUACAGAUCAGGAUCCAGAACCAAAUCAUUCUAAAUAUGAUCUGUUAGGUCGAAAAAUAAAAAUUUUAAAAGAUAAAGAAAAGAGCUGAAUGCAAAAUAUAAGCGCCUUUUUAUUGAUAGGUAAAUAACUAUUUUGUUUUGCAAUUUAUUGUAAUUGUACAAUAUAAAUAUAUUUUUUGCAAUAAUUUUCUGCAUAUUUUACUUUCACUUUCACUUUGUUCUUAUUUCAUAUUGCAAAGGAAUAUUGGAGUUUUUUUAAAAAAUAUAUUAUAUUGUAUAAUAGAUUUGCUUUUUUAAGACAUACAUUUUAAGUAUCAUAAAACUCUGUUUAAAGUUUAAUGUUUGCUUUUAAAAAUAUCACAAAAACAGCUAAUUACAGAAAUAAAUUCAUUGUCAGUUUAUAAAUAAGGAAAUGUGUAUAUAUUUUUCAAAAGAGUAUUAAAUGCAUAUGUAAUGAUUACUUUGACAAUUUUAAAAAUAUUUAUAUAUUUAAAUGUUAUAUUCGUUAGAUAUAAUUGGAUUAUAAAAUACAUGAAACCAUUUUUGUUUAUUAUGUACAAUUAUAAUAUCUCAAAAUAAUCAUCUUAAUAUAACUGAUUAUAUUUAAAAGACAAUUUCACUAAAUAUAUUGUCGUAACAAUUUAUGCAUAAAUUGUAUUAUAUUGUAAUAUACAUGAUACACAUAAAACAA